GUUGCUGAGGCGCAGUUGCGGUCUGUGGAAAGAGAUCUGCCGAUCGGGAGCUGCGGGUUGUGAACUGUUCAACUUGAUUUUGUUAGACUUAUUAGUUACUUUCAUUAGAGGGCCGCUAUGCAGAAUUAACAUUCAUGUCGUGCAGAAGUGGAGCCAGCGUUCGGGGUGCACUGGGUUGCAUUUAUUUAAAACAAUCUAUGAAGAUCUCUGUCUGCCAAGCGGAGAUAACAGAAGGCUUCUUGCGUUAUGAGGAGGACACCCAACGUGUGGAGGAGCGGGCUCAUAUAGCGCUAGAAAGCGGGGGAAAAGAGAUGCAUUUCUAUACAUCCGAAUAAUACUUACAGCUUUCUAAAUGCGUCUUCUUAUCGACCAGUCAAGAACAAUGAGCAGUGGUUCUAGCAACUUUCUGCUAGUUCCUAUACCGGAGUACCCCGUGCUAGACUGCGUGCCGAACAAAAACGUCAAAAUAGUUGUUCUUGGGGCAAGCAACGUCGGAAAAACAGCUCUGAUUGUGAGAUUUCUUACUAAGAGAUUCAUAGGAGACUACGAAGCCAACACAGGAGCUUUGUAUUCAAGGAAGAUUAAUUUGGAUGGGGAGCAAGUUUCUUUACAAGUGCAGGACACUCCAUGUGUCUCACUGCAGGAUGACGCAGAGGGACUUUACUGUCAGGAGCAGAUCAACCGCUCCAUUUACUGGGCAGAUGGUUAUGUUCUCGUCUUCUCCAUCACUGACCUCAACAGCUAUCGUACUAUCCAGCCUCUCUACCAACACGUGCGCCGAAUCCAUCCCAGUGGCAACAUCCCUGUUAUCAUCGUGGGAAACAAGAGCGACCUGCUGCGUGCCCGGCAGGUCCCGGAUCACGAGGGUAAGGCGCUGGCUGAUGAAUUGGGAGGGCCAUACUUUGAGGCUUCGGCCAGGGAGAACCAUGAGAGCGUCCAGGCUGCUUUUCUGCACUUAUGUCAGGAGAUAAGCCGAGCGCUGGGAGGAGGAAAUGGGGAGAAAAGAAAGGGUGGACUACAUCUUGCGAGGCCAAAGAGCCCGAACAUGCAAGAGCUGAAGAGAAGGUUCAGGCAAGUGUUGUCAUCCAAGGUCAAGUCAGCAACUGCACUAUGAUGAUGCUGUGAUUAGCGAAUGUAACUGCAUAGGAUUCAGAAAGUGUUAACAAAAUGCUGUUGCAUAAGUGAUUGUGAAAGACGAGGCAAAACUUGCCAGCUGUUUUUGCAAGUACUCAGAGAAGAUGAACAAUGAGAUCACUGCGCUCUGGAUGAACUGAAACAUGUGACUCCUGGCACUGAACUUCUAAUGGUUUUAAGGCCAAAAGUCUGUUUUUGUUUAUUUUUUUUUAGCUGCUAUUAUGCAAAUGUUUCCUAGUUUUCAAAUUCAGCUGUUUAAUCAUGAAUUUCUUUCAUUUAUAAUACAGGAUUAUGAAUGAAUAUCCUUAAUGUCUUUUAAUGUGAAGCAAGGAUGACAAGACAUAUCUUGUAAGUUACAAAAUAAAACAAACAUACUGAAGGGCCAUUUAUUGGACACAUGAUCACAGUCUAUUCCUAAGAUUCUCAUGUGACUGGAGCAGUUUUACAAAAUGCUAUUCUAGGAUUAUCCCAAUUUUUCCUGACAGUGAGAGACAUAAUCCAGCUAUGUUGUUUAUAAUCGUGGGAGGAAGAGGUUGUUGACUGGUGGUUCCCAUGACCUUUGACCUACUUACACUGUGUUAAGGAUUUGAGUGUAAUAUGAAGGUUCGUAGAGGGUCUCCGUCACUUGGUUCUUCCAGAUGUCCCACUCGCCUACUCAAAAGGACAUUUGUUUAUCUUGCAGCACAGAUGAAGUAGCAUUCCUCUGAAGCAGGUCUGGAGUUUCCUGGACUAAACUAUUGGUCAUGCACCCAGUUAGAGCCAUUGACCUCUAACCCUUCACCUCUGAUAUAACAUUUUCUUCUCUUCACCAAAUGGCCUAAUGAAAAGCAGAUUCCGAAUGUGACUAGUCUUGAAUUCUCUUCUCUUGGAAAGUGAGAGUGUUCAUGUCCUUAUAUUCUGACAAAGUAAAAUACUGGUAAAAUAUA